CGCCCAGCAUCCUCUCCUCUCCUCCAACAUCCAUCCACCGUCUCCUCCGCUCCUCCGGCUGCGCAGGGGCCGCUCCACCCGGGAAGGAAGAGGAACCAAACCCCGCUGAAAAAAGAUGGCCUUUUAACACUCGAGAGAAUAACCCAGGAGAGACAUGGAUCCUUUGCGUUUCUCCUUCCUCCAUCUCCUCCUCCUCCUCGCUUCCCUGAGCUGCUUCCCCGCUUCUGCUGACAGGAGAUUCGGCUGCCUUUUUGAGAGCGAGCUGUGUUCACCGUAUGAGAUCUGUGUCAAUGAUGGGAUGUUUGGGAGGUGUCACUCUGUUCCAGUGAAGGAGAUUUACACCUACGAUGUUUCUCCGUCUGUAGUGCAACACUUCAGGAUGCUGCUGGAGAAGCUGUCCAACAGAGGUUUGACCUGGGAAGAUGAUACCACCCAGCAGGUUCUGUCCAAGGAGUUAUCCAAACUGAGAAGGAUUCCCUACAGAGCGCAGCAGAACGGGCCCGUCUACAACACUGACAGCAGGCCAGUAGCUCAAGCGAUGGACCCAGUGGACCAAAGGGUAAAACCAGUGGAGGUAGAGCUCAGCAGAAAUCUCCAGAUAUACCUCCAACGACUUGGCCUCCUUCCCAAGACAUCUGCCUCCAGCUUGAGCGCAUCUAGCAAGAGUGACCGUUUCCAGUCAGGCAUCCCUGCAGACUUUUAUCGCUCCAAGGCCCAGACUCUGGCUCAGAAAUCGCCUCCCUCCAGCUUCUCGUCUCUUUCAUCUUUUCAGCCCGUGCAGAAGCAGCGACCAUCAGCCAACCAGCUCCUCACCACUCAGGCUGAGGGUGACCUUCUCCUGGGCGCCCUGAGGCAGUAUCUCUCCGGGCAUGCGUCCCUUCACAGUGGAGGAGUGAGCCCAUCCGAGCGCCUGAGGACCUUCUACAGCAAUGGAAUACAGAAUUCUGGGCUCAAAAAAGAGACCUCGAAAUCCAGACUUGUGAAUAUGGGAAGGACUCAAGGGGCCUUAGCCAAGGACCCGCUCACGUCUGUCGAUGAGAGGUUCAUCAAGAACGUUUUGAAGAACGUCGACAGGCAGCAUGUGGAUGUGGAGACCCUGACACCGCAGGACUUGGACCAGCUGUCCAGCCUGAUAAGCGAGGCUCUACAGGUAGUCGACCAGGACCAGGGACUAAACAGGGGCCUGGGCCAAAUGAGGGGACCGGGACCAAGAGACCUGGAAGGAGAGCUGAGUGAUGGAGAAGAAGAAAGAGGAGAGGAGGAGGAGGAGGAGGUUUCUAGAGAUGAGCUCUUGGAGAAUGCUCCCACUCUGAAACCUCAGGAGAGCACUCCUAUCGCACUGGCAGCACUUCAAGAGCGCCACACAGACGCAGAAGAGCAAAAUGUGAAGGACGAGGUUGAGAGUGGCAGCCUCUUUACCAAGCUCCUUGCCUACCUCGACAAAACAUCCUUCACCAGCCCUCUGCCAGCGAAAAACCAUUAUGACGAUGCCAUGCAAGCACCCAGAGGCCAGCAGGUGGGGCUCGAAAACGUCCAGAGUCGGACCAGUGAGGCAGGGGUGGCAGUGCAGAAGAAGGACGCCACCCAGUCUGUAGAGGAGGUGUCGGAGGUGGAAGGCUGGAUCAAGGAAGUGGCGCCCCCUCCUGCUUCUCUUGUGUACGAUGAACCUCACAAGAAGACGAUGCACGUUCCCGAUCUUCAGCUGGACGUCAAAGCCAGCAAGAAGAAAGGAGAUGAUGUCUUUGGUUACAUCAUCACUGACACAGAUGGGCUCCAGACAGAUGAAGGCCUCCACCUGAUGGAGAUCCUGGCUCGAAUGGCAAAAAUCCAGAUGACGGAUUUUGCUGAGCUCUCGGUGGUGGGCCCGGCUGUGACCUUCAAAGUGAGUCCCAAUGCUCAGAACGUCAGCACCGCAGAUGUGGCCAAUGUGGCUGUUAAGAAGAAGGUGUCUCUAGAGAAGGAAGCCAAGGUCAGCAUCCUGGAGGCUGGGGUCGCUGACGAAAGCCAGAUCAACCAGAUCCCCACCAAGUAUAGCCAGACAGAGUCAACCAAAUUCCUCAUUCUCACCAUCGUGUCAAUUCUGUGUAUCGUUGGAGUGCUGCUGGCCUCCACCGUGGUCUACUGCCUGCGGCACCGCUCCCACCACAAGCUCAAGGAAAAGCUCACCAAUCUGGGAACAGAAACAAGCAGCGAUGCUACCGCCACCUACCAGGAACUUUGUCGGCAGCGCAUGGCAGUCAAGCCUCCGGCUGAGCGUCCGGAGCCCAUCUCCUCCAGGAUCAACAGCGUCUCAUCUCAGUUCAGCGAUGGUGGUCAAGCUGUCAGUCCCUCAGCACGAAGCAGUAUCUCCUCUUGGAGUGAAGAGCCUGCGCACUCAAAUAUGGACAUCUCAACUGGUCACAUGAUCCUGUCCUACAUGGAAGAUCACCUGAAGAAUAAGGAUCGCCUGGAGAAAGAGUGGGAGGCGCUGUGUGCAUACCAGGCUGAACCCAACGCAUGCACCACUGGCCUCAAGGAUGGCAACUCGAAGAAGAACCGCUCGACUGCUGUUGUGGCAUAUGAUCACUCCAGAAUCACCUUGAAGGUGGAGAACAGCCAAGGCAACUCUGAUUACAUCAAUGCCAGCCCGAUUGUAAAUGAUCACGAUCCCAGGAACCCAGCCUACAUUGCCACUCAAGGUCCCCUGCCCUCCACUGUGGCUGAUUUCUGGCAGAUGGUUUGGGAGAAUGGCUGUGUCGUCGUGUUUAUGUUGACCCCUCUUGUUGAGAGCGGGGUGAAGCAGUGCUACCAUUACUGGCCAGAUGAAGGAUCCAACCUGUACCACAUCUAUGAGGUAAACUGGGUGUCCGAACACAUCUGGUGUGACGACUUCCUGGUUCGUAGCUUCUACUUGAAGAACAUGCAGACCAACGAAACGCGGACCGUCACUCAGUUCCAUUUCCUGACCUGGCUCAACCAGAACGUGCCAGAGACCAGCCGAACACUACUUGACUUCCGCAGGAAAGUUAACAAGUGCUACCGAGGGCGCUCAUGUCCUAUCAUAGUCCACUGCAGUGAUGGUGCUGGAAGAACUGGGACCUACAUCCUGAUUGACAUGGUCCUCAACAAGAUGGCAAAAGGUGCCAAGGAGAUUGAUAUUGCAGCGACUCUGGAGCACCUGCGGGACCAGAGGCCAGGAAUGGUUCAGACUAAGGAUGUGUUUGAGUUUGCACUGACGGCUGUUGCUGAGGAGGUGAAUGCCAUCCUGAAAGCUCUUCCACAGUAGAAAUCGACACCUCCUCUAGUUCUGCUCUGCUCGUCUCGCCUUCUGUCCCACGGAUCAUCCCCGUUUUGUCUUUCUUCCAUUUCUUAUCCCAUUAUUUAUGUUCUUUCCCUUCUCGUGUUUCUCAUCUGUCAUUUCCGGCUCUCGCUUCUUCUCCUUCCGACUCUUCAUUUAAUCUGUUUUCCUGUCUCCUCCUCUUUUUGGCCAGUCCUUCUUCAUUUUACCCUUCUUCAUUUUCUUCUUCUUUGUAUUUUCACAUGCCUUGCUGCUCCCGUGCUCUUUUCACAUCUCUUCUACUGAUAUUUACCUACAUGUUUACCAUUUAUAUUGUUUCCUGCAAAUUCCCUGUUUCCUUUUAUCUCCUGUCUCUUAAUUCCUGUUUCCCUUCAUCUCUUCUGUUUCCCUCUUGUCUUCUCUCCUCCUUCCACUUGUGACCAUUCCUUUUACUUCUUACCAUCUCCCCUUCCAACUCAGUCCACAUUGUGCCAGGAAACCAUUGAAACUAUCGUGUACAUAGACAGACCUUCCUUCUGUUGUGAUGAUCUAAGCAGCCUGUUUUCCAAAGUCACAUUUCACUGCGUUUAAACACUUUUUGAAAGACUGAAAAGGUUCUCUGUGUUCUGUCCAAUCAUCAUAGUUUUUGUUUCUAGAUGAACAUUGACCUCAUUGGCAUCAGCUGACAGUGAUCAAAAUAAGCUCUCUCAAAAUGUAACUGGUUCAUGUCUUUGUAAAUUUAAUCUCCUUGUAUUUUGUAUAUAGGUAUAGUAUAUGAAUCUGAGUUCCUCAACAAUGUUCAUUGUGGCAAUUCGCCAGACCUGUUUUACUGAAUUCAUGCCACUGAUUGGUCUUCGAGUUGGGUGCAUGUGUGAUGCUGAUCAUCAUCUAUUUGUGUUUGAUAUUUAAUGCCAUGCUUUUUUGAUAUGUUUCCAUGCAGUAUGCUUGUGUGUCACAGUAUGCUGUAAUUCAUCAACACCCAGUGUUGGUCACUAAAGAAGAUAUUAAGCAAAACAUAAGUGAUUCCAUCUCCCAUGAAGGCUUGCUUUUGUAACAGUAAGUGGGGAAACCCCAAAAUGUAACACGUUAUUGAUAUCAUCCCUCUUACUUUAACAAAAACGUGCUAAUACUGGAAAUACGGUCAAAUGAUUUUGCUUCAUCUGUGUUGAAGCAACGUAGUGUUUCUUCUACCUGAAUUGUUCUUUCUCGUGGAAAAACAAUGUUGUGGGUUUUCAGUGAAGUUACACUCAUGUCUGCCUUAAUAAAAAAAAAAUAUAUAUAUAUAUAUAUAUAUAUAUAUAUAUAUAUAUAUAUACAGAGAGAGAGAGAGUAGAUGGAUUGGUAAAAGCCACGAGAAUAGGGAGUAACGCUUUAUUUUAAAAUGGCCUUAUUCUAGUGGAUUAACCUGCGGAUUAAAGAUUAGCUGUGCCUGUGCUAAAUGAAAACCUCUCUGAUAAACACUGAAGAACAUUCUGCCGGAGCAGGAAGUUACCUUUGGACCAGAAGUUUGUGAGAGUAUUUAAAACAUUUCAGCAGAAGUCGUCUCACAAGUAUGUACUUCAAUUAACUAGUAGUUCAAAGUACUAGAGUGCAGACAUUUUAAAUGUAAGUGUUUCUGACAAGUGUUUUCAUGCUAAAAGGGGUAGCUUCGCUUCUGAAUUAGUAGGUCUUCUAUGUAGCAUUAUUGGAUGAUUUGUAUGUGUAUAGUAGCAGAAUCUGUAUUGCAACGAAAAUUUGUUUGCAGUGACACUCAUCAGCUGGUUUUCCCAAAAAAAAAAAAACAUCUUAAAAUUUACAUGUUUUAUGAAGUGCUAUAAAUAAAAAGAGCACAGCCAGCAUCAACUGUUUCUUUUUUGUUGUUGUUUUUUUAGCUCAUGUAUUUUUGUUUGUGGUUUCUUUCAGAAUCACACCUCUCAAUAAAAGGUCCCGCUAUCA